CAUAAACUACUCUCUCCACUAGACCCAACGCCCCUAAUAUCAAAUGACAAUGAAGCCUUCAUCAAGAUCAUCACAAAGCAAACGUUUCAUCCUCUCAUCUCUCACCUUCAUCUUGUUCCUCUGUGCAUUAGCUUCCAUCAACGAGAUCCGAUUCGACACAUUCUUGAUGUUCGGAAGAUGCGCUUUUUCCAAUGUUCCUCUCGAUCCGUCCCACAACUCGUCUUCAUUUACAUCCAAUGUCACGUCUGAUGGUGACGACAUUCGGAUUCUGAUCGGGAUCCUGACGCUUCCCGAUCAAUACCAUCGUCGUCAUUUCCUUCGACUCAUAUACGGUACGCAGUCUCCGAUGGGGGCACAAGUAGAUGUGAAGUUUGUUUUGUGCAACCUCACUAAGGAAGAUCAGAAGGUGUUGGUUGCACUUGAGAUAAUGCGGUAUGAUGACAUUAUAAUCCUCGACUGCAAAGAGAACAUGAACAAGGGCAAGACGUACACUUUCUUUUCGAGCUUACCGGAGAUAUUCAACUCGUCGGAUCGACCGUAUCCUCCGUACCAUUACGUGAUGAAAGGUGACGACGAUACGUACUUGAGAUUGGAGAACUUGGUGGAGUCGUUAAGGCCGUUGCCGAGAGAAGACUUGUAUUACGGCUAUGUGAUCCCAUGCCCCAGCAUGGACCCAUUUGUUCAUUACAUGUCCGGGAUGGGAUAUUUGGUGUCCUGGGACAUAGCCGAGUGGGUUCGAGAAUCAGACAUCCCUAAAAACCAUUUGGAAGGACCGGAGGAUAAGGUGUUCGGAGAGUGGCUCCGAGACGGGCAUCGGGCUAAAAACAGGUUCAAUGCUAAGUGGUCGAUGUACAAUUAUCCGGAGCCGCAGACAAGGUGCACGCAUGAGCUCUGGCCGGACACCAUCGCUGUGCAUUUGUUGAAGAAACAGGAGAUAUGGAUUCACACCUUGAAGUAUUUCAAUGUUACCAGCAAUUUGAAACCAUCCAAGUUAUAUCACAUACCCUAG